AAGAGGGUGCUGUCCUUCCCUCCAUAUCCAGGAGACUAUCUACAUCCAGUUGUUUAUGCAUGCACAGCAGUUAUGUUGCUCUGCCUGCUGAUAUCAGUUAUGACAUACAUUCUACACCACAGUGUAAUCCGAAUCAGCAGGAAAGGAUGGCACGUACUACUUAACGUCCUUUUCCACACUGCCAUGACAUUUGGAGUGUUUGCAGGAGGCAUCAAUCAGAUCAAGUACCCCAUUGUCUGUCAAGUGGUUGGCAUCAUUUUGCACUACUCCUCUCUCUCCACCAUGCUUUGGCUGGUGCUUACUGCCAGGAAUACUUGUAGUGAAGUCUCCAAGGCUCCGCCCAUCUCUCAGGACAGGGAUCCACCCAUACAGCCUCAUCCCAAAUUCACCAUAUUCAGAUUGUAUCUGUUCAGUAGUGGGAUCCCCAUUGUCAUUGUUGGGGUCAUAGCUGCUGUUAGCCUGGAUAAUUAUGGGAGCAGACAUGAUGCCCCUUAUUGUUGGAUGGCAUGGGAGCCCAGUCUGGGAGGCUUCUAUGGACCCACUGCAUUCCUGGUCCUGGUCAUGUGUAUGUAUUUCCUUUGCACAUUUAUACAGUUGAAGCGGCACCCAGGGCGUAAGUAUGAGCUGAAGGCCAUGACAGAGGAGCAGCAACGUCUGGCCACUGCAGAAAUCAGCCACUGCCAUGCUGCCAGUAGAGAACCUGGAGAACAGGGGGCCCAUUCAGGUUGCACAGCCAUCACUGCCUCUAUGCUUGCCAAUGAGCACUCUUUUAAGGCUCAACUACGGGCCACUGCUUUCACUGUCUUACUCUUCCUGGCUACAUGGGUCUUCGGGGCAUUGGCUGUGUCACAGGGCCAUUAUCUGGACAUGAUAUUUAGCUGCUUAUAUGGGGCAUUCUCAGUCACACUGGGACUCUUUCUCCUUAUUCAGCACUGUGCUAAACGGGAUGAUGUGUGGCACCGCUGGUGGGCCUGCUGUCCUUCUAAACGCAAAGUGGAUGUGAAUGGAAAGGCAGCGGGAAGUACUGAAAUUCAAAGUCACCUUGAGGUGAAGCGGCCUUAUGCAGGUAAAACUUUACUUUCCCCCCACCUUCUCACAUCCUCACCCCACUGUAACCCAAGCUUCCUGCCCACAGCUCAGACCCCAAUGAGCCCAUGCUGCUCCACCUUGUAUAGCUCUUCUCCAGUUCUAGAAGGCUCUGCUCAUUCCCUGUCUCUCCCUGAUGAGUUACCCCACCCCUCCCUGCCACUGCAGAGCUGUCUGAAGGACAGGACUAAGUCACGUUCAUUCAGUCGGCCAAGGCCCUGCCUCAGGGACUACACCUUACACAUGGCUUCAACCAGCUUGGAUGGAAGUGUGCACAGCUCCCACCUGGAAAGCCCUCACAUCAUGCAUGUAGAAAAUCCCAUCACUGGUCAUACCUCACACUUGGAGAGUCAGCGCUCCUGCCAUACCCCUCAUCUGGAUAACCAGCUGCGCUGCACCAGCCCUAGCAUCCACAUGGAAAGCCACAGAAUGCACCUGGACAGCCAGCUGCCUUGUCACGACAGAUACACCUGCCAUAGACACACGUGCUGUGCCAAGGAAGAACCUUUCUCCAGCAUCUGCUGUCUCAAAACAGACCCAUUUUCUGUUGUAUCCCAGGGAGAAGAUACCAGUACAGAUUCCCUGAUACACAGCAGCACCAAAAUGACCAAUAAAGAGGAGGACAUUAUGUUGCACUUGGAUAUGCCUCCUCCACAGGCCAUUGUGUCAAGCUCCCAGUCUACUCUCAGCAGGAAGGGCACACUCAGCCAGAGAGGGAUGCUGAGCCACAAUAACAGUCUGCCUGAGGACUAUGUCUUCAGUCCUGAUUCCACAGGUAACAUUAGGACAGGACCAUGGAAAAAUGAAACCACUGUGUAG